UCUCCAGUUGAACUCACAGAGAGAGGAAGAUACGUUGAAAAUUCACGAACGGGAAAAUAGUGCUCGAAUGCUUUGAGUAUCACCUCUUCUCCUUCAUCCAUUGACGGGCUAAAUUUACCAAGUUAACCGUAAUUGUGAAUUAAUCACAAUAAAAUCAAUUGAUUAGUGGAUAUUUUACUAUACGACACUUGUGUGUAUACCUCGUGCAGCUCAUUCAUUGAUAAGUGCAAUUUGUAAUGAGACGCCUAAGUGGAAAUAUGAUUAUUAUGAAAGGUUAAUUAAGUGAUAAGUGGACAGAAUAGAAAAUUACUGUGAGAACUAUCUGACACACUGCUUAUCGUCAUACUAUAGUGAUUCAAGAGGAAAAUCAUUUAUAGUGAGAAUACAUAGAGCUUGGAAUUUGAAUCGCCGUGAAACAUCUCAGAAGUUGAGAUAUUUUUUUUGUGGUUAAAAGUUAAUAUUGGAAAAGAAAAAUGUGUCUUGUUACUUGAGAAUAAGGUACUGGGUACUUCAAGGCUUUGUAAGCUGUACACUCGCUACAUGGGCAGAAUGGUUGGAAAAUCGAUGAAAACCAGCUGCAUUUUGUGGGUGAAACUUGGAUCAUUCCAUCCCAGCGAUUUUUUUAUGCCUCAACUCUUUAACCCUUACACUUCUUUGAAAAAGUUUUAUGCCAGAUAAGUGAUUUUUAACAGAAUUUUCUCUGUAGCGGUAAAGAGGUGUGUUUGGGGUGUCUAAAUACCCUAAAAAUAUCAAACAGUUCAAGUUUUCUUUGAAAAGUAAAGGAAAUUGUUUCCAGGUUAAAAAUUACAUAUAAAUACAACAUAAAUUGAGUUUACGAGCGCUAUAAAAAGUCAAAUAUUAGAAUUAACGUAAAACGUUAGAAGAAAUCGUCAAGUUUUUCAAUCAGAAACGUUAAUCGUUAGAAACGAAAUCGUAAACGGUAAAUAUAUGAAAGAUGGGAAAAAGAAUUUUAGGAAAGAUACGAAAAUCUUUAGAAAAUAAACUUCAAACGAAAAAAAUACAUCAAACGUUAGAAAAUAAACAAACUGUCUAAAGCUGAUCGAAUGUAAAAUCAGUUUAAAAUUCUAAAUCUUUUUACCGAUUUUUACAAAUUCUUUUUAUAAAAAAUAAAUUUUCUUUCUAAAAACACUCCCUACAGCAUACAUAUUUAUGGCUACGCCCCUGAUUGUCUCAAGAAUGAUUUGCAUUGCUUCACCCUGUCUUUAUCUAAAAUGUAUAAAUGAAUAAGUUUACUCAUAUCUGUUAUUAAUAAAUUUUAAUUUAUGAAUUCCUUCUGUAUUGCAUGAUCCCAAAAUUUUUUACACGUGUGUAGCGAAAUACACUCGGGCGAAAUACACUCACGGCACUUCCCUCUUGCAACAGUUGCAGCAAUUCAAUCAACUGGGACCUAUGCAUAUUACUGGCACUUAUUCUACAUAUAUACCAGUACACGUACGUGCUAGAGAGAGUGUAUCAGAGGAGUGUGACGAUUAUUCAAUAAAUUUCAGUCAGUUUAGAUUAAACUGUGUAUACGUCACCACUAGAGGUAUUCUUUUUCCUUCACUUCUAACUGCAUUAUACAAACAUAGAACAAUAUCAUGAGAUAUAUAGGUAUAUAAUGCUGUACAUAUUGAUAGUGUCCAACAGUACACCUUCGUGCUGGAUUUUCAUUCAUCAACCUUGAGCAUUGUGCUAGCGGGUGAAAUGAGGAAGGGGGGGGGGGAGUGGGAUGGCAAAAGAAAAUCCUUAAUCCCUUUAUUUAAUUAAUAAACUCCCGCUUACAUAGCCCAAAAGACGUUAUAGAGAAUGGGGUGAGCUUUCCAAUAUAUACAAGUCAAUCGCCAAAGGGGUUUCAGCUGCGUGGAUCAAGGGAAAUACUAUGAGUUUAGUCACGUAAUCGGAACGAAUGUGUUGUGGGAAGGCCUAGCUAGAGAAAAGUUCAUGAAACUCUAUCAUCUCACCCAAAGCGGAGAGAUGUGCGAAGACUAAUGAGGCAAAUAAAUUUGCUGCGCGAUCCUAUUGGGGGCAAUUAAAGUGUGACUUGUGCAUUUUUUAAACACCAACGAUUAACACUCAGCCACGAAAUGAAUUCUUUGGAUUGUUUUUGAAUUUUACAGAAUACAGUACCACGCAUCUCCUUUUACUCAAAAAUUCCAAACCACACAUGUUAAACAGUGAACUCGACGGGGGUAAAAAAAGUGUGAGAAUAGUGGACAGAAGACAAGUGAAAUCAUCACUUAGUCAAUAAUUAAUUAAUCAACAAUUUGUGCCAUCCAAGUCUGCUACCGCAAAGACGCGGAGUAUCGCGAGUUAACAAAUUUAUUAAACAAAAAUGUGGUGAUAAGUAAAUGUUUGAUUCUAUUGUUUUUUCACACGAACACGCUAAAAUUGAAGGUACAUGUGUGGUGAGACAGCAGCAUUUUGUAUAUGAAAAGAUCUUGGCAAAUGAAUUUCAUGCACAAGUGAAUUUCACAAAAAUUAAACCACGUGCAACCGGAUUAGCAAAACAUCAAUAAUGAAGGAACAACAAGAUUUUGGGAAUAUGCAGGGUCCCAUUGAGGCCAACAAUGGGGAAAUUAUUGCAUUGCUUGAAUGUGAAAAUUGUGGAAUAGCCAGUUGCAGCAAGGACAGACAUCACGAUGGAGCCACCAUGAUCAAGUCAAAAUCAACACAACAAACACAAGCGGGAACAGCCGGAGGUGGCGCAGAUGCAAAUAAAUCCUCCAGCAAGCAAAAGUGUUCAGAAGACGAGUGUGACAUCAUUGGGGAGCUUAUAGGGAAAUAUGGGAAAUGGCAAUUUUAUAUGACUUUCCUCCUUUCGCUUUUUCAAGUGCCAAACACUUUCCACAUAUCUUCACCUGUCUUUCAGGCUGCUCACAAAAAUUACUGGUGUCAACGACCAGCUGAAUUGAAUCAAACCCCAGUAGAAUUGUGGAGGAAUAUAAGUCAAUCAGAGGAUAAUUGCCAUCAAAUUAAUUACAAAUGGAAUGAAAUAUCAUCUGAUCAAAUAUCGAGUGACUUUAGGCCACCGAGUAAUUCAUCUCAAAUUGCGUGUAAAAGUUGGGAGUAUGACUGGAAUGACAAUUUAGGGAAUACGUGGACAUCAGAAUGGGAUUUAGUGUGCGAAAAGGAAUACCUAAAGAACGUGGCAGAAAUGUUUUUUCUUCUUGGUGUUGCUACAGGUGGAAUAAUAUCAGGCUAUUUAUCUGACAAAUUCGGGCGAAAAACCAUGCUAUUCAAUUCAGCUUUUCUUCAGACUAUCUUUGGAAUUGCUCUCUAUUUUGCCGACUCCUUUGAGAUAUACCUAGCACUGAGAACCCUUCUUGGUUUGGUCUCCGUAUCCGUAACAUAUGCCGGACUAAUUUUGGCCAUUGAGUACGUGGAUGGAAAGUGGAGAACAAUUGCUGGGAUGUAUAAUCUCUUCCCCCUACCCAUAUCAUAUAUGAUGAUUUCGGGAAUUGCCUAUCUGACACAGGACUACAAAGUCCUCCAACUCUGUAUUGGACUUCCAGGAAUUUUUCUUUGCUUCCUAUGGUUUGUGGUGCCAGAAUCACCACGCUGGCUGCUGUGCAAGGGACGCAUUUCUGAGGUGAAGGAAGUGAUAAAGACAGCAGCAAGAAUAAAUAAACGCGAACUUCCCCACAAUAUUGAGAAACUCCUUAAACCACCUGACGAUGAUGAAGCCAAUGAAGGAUUCACAGAUCUCUUCCGGUCCCGGUAUUUGCGACUCAUAACAAUUUGCUUCCUAUGUAUCUGGUUUACGAUGAAUCUCGUGUACUACGGCCUCAUCCUCAACAUGAAUACAUUCGGUGGGAAUGUUUAUUUGAACUCGGCCUUAGCCGGUCUUGUGGAGAUGCCAGCUAUUGCAAUUGCAAUGUACAUCAUUGGGAGAGUGGGAAAAAAGUGGCUCUUCUGUGCUACACUAUUCUCUACGGGGGUGGCAUGCUUGUGCGCUGCGAUAUCGGAAGGAAAUGACGAUAUUCUCUGGCUAAAGAUUACAUUCGUUAUGAUUGGGAAGUUUACUAUCAGCGCAGGAAAUACAAUAAUGCCCGUCUAUACGGCAGAGCUGUAUCCAACCGCAAUCCGAAAUGCAGGAGUCGGAGCGUGUAAUGUGGCAGCUGGUCUUGCUCUCAUUCUCACGCCCUAUUUGGAGAUGCUGAAUAAAAUUGAGAAGCAUCUUCUCAUGACACUGCUUACUGCAUGGACGAUUUUUGGUGGGAUUGUGGUAAUCUUCCUACCCGAGUCGAGAAAGCACACCCCUGCUGUUUCAACUGAUGCCGAAGAAGAGCGCAAUUAAAAUUACACAUCGCAGAAUAAACUCAAUAGCGAUUAGAAAUUGCUAAACGAGAGAGGUGUUAUAAACCGCAAAGGAAACAAGAACUUGGCAAUUAAUUUUAAUUUAGAUAUAUAAUUAAUUUGCGUGUAUAUAUGGAGUGCCCCCCCACACAUAUAAUACUUUCCACCCCUUGUCUGCCUCCUAUAUGUUUUGCAAAAUUGUGUGACAAUAAUUAGUAAUAUGUAGUAUCAAAUUCUGCAAAGUAUCGUACAUUUUGAUCCUUUAAAAAUUUCUCAAAAAUGCAAUGAGAGGGAAUAACAAUUACAUUAUUGAUUGUUUUGAAAGAAAAGAAAUUAAGUUAAGAUGAAAAAAGGAUCUAUAUAGGAGUUGAGACUAUUUACACUGCCAUAUCCUAUUUGAAAUCAAACUGUUUAUUUAUGUUUUAGAAAUAUGUGUAAAGAGAAAGUAAAUAAGAUUUAAAACAAUGACGGAGUAUUUUUAACAAAUAAUGGGCCUAAUUCAGCGACCAAGAAACCCUUGAAAUUUGCUUGAAAUCUUGAAAUUUCAGUACAAAAUUCAAAGAUUUCAAGGGUUUCUUGGUCGCUGAAUUAGGCCCAAUAUUAUUAUUUUUUUCAUUGAUACAAUUUUUUUUUCUUAUGCUGUUUGAUUUCAUGUUUUUAUGAUUCCGCUCUAUCCCUCACGAAACAGAUGAAAAAACAAAAUCUCACAUCUAAACGAUUAUCGUAUAUCGUUUAUCGAUGCAAGAUUUUAAUUUUUUUCGGUUAUACUAAUUGUUGAAUAGAAGAACCGAAGUAUUUAACAAUUUCUUAACGAUUUCCCUUAUUCCAAAACUUUUAUUAGAAAUUUCCAUAAUGUAAUUUAUUAUUUAAUGGUACCUAUCAAACAAAUUCAAAGAGAUCGGCACUUUCAUUAAAUAUUAUAAAGUUUUAAGAAUAGUUGGGUAUAUAGACCCAAAUACAAAAUAUAUUUUUGUGAAUUUCGAUUAAUUUUGUUGUCUUAAAUCUGCAAAAUCAUUGAAUUUGCGCAACAAAGGUCAUAGUGGUUUGUACAGUGAAAAGCUCUCUGAGUACAUCAACAGCAAAAUAAACUUUACGAUGAAAGAGUUAAAAAGAAUCGAUCCAAAUAUAUAAAAAAAUACUCCACAUUGUUUUAAAUUUAUAUCAAUCAGAGAACUUGGUCAAAACCACAAUAUUUGUUAAUUAUAAAAGUCAAUUUCUCCCAAAAACCAAUCUUGUAAAAUGAAUCUCGAAUUUAAGACAAGAAAAUUAUAGAAGAAAAAGCAUGUGACGUAGUAUACUCAAAACAUUUCUUAAUUCUGUGGACAUUGAAGAAGAAAUAGAAAUAAAACAUACAUAAGAAUAUUAACCAUUGUAAUGUUUUUUUGUGAAAUUUGGCUGGUCCAAAUUUAUAAAAAGUAUUGAUAUAGUAAACAAAAUAUAUAAUUAUGUAACUAAAAAAAAUAUAGUUAAAACUAAAAAAUUAAUAAAAUUACUUAUAGUGGUCAAAAAAUUAAUGUUAUAAAUAGUCAUCUUAUAGAGAGUAUUAAAUUAUAUAUAUAAUCUAAAGUGGUUAUAAAAGAAAACAGUUUGAUAAUAGAAUUAUAAAAUCUUCAGAGAAUAAAGGGAUAUUGUUGUGCCCUACAAAAUAUCCAUCAGCAUUUGAGUAAAACCUUACAUAAAAAAAGCCAAGUUUUUUUUUCUGUGGGAGGAAUUAGUUAAAAUGUAGCUGAGUCAAGGCAAAAAAAAGAAGCUUUCUAUGUGAAAAAAAUAUAUAAAUUUAAAAAAUGGAGAAACAAAUCGAUGACAUCGUGAAUUAGGAAGUCAAUUAAAAUAUUAACUAAAUGUACGUGCAAUUUUGCGUUUUGUAAAAUUUACAUUUCAUUUUUUCUAUUAUUCUGUUAAUUGUUGUUAAUUAUUGUGUAAAUAUUAAUUUAUUUGUAUAAUGGUACUUAUAAAUAAGUGACCAAAUUCUAUCAUUGAGUAUAAAAGUUUAAAAAAAUAAAAAGAUAUACAUACAUGUAUAAAUGAGUCAAAGUUAUGUAAAGUUGAAUAUUAUUUUUGUACUUACUUGUUAUAAUACAUUUUUUACAUAAUACAUUCAGUGAGAUAUAUUUUUGUUGUUUGUCCGGAAGGAAAUUUAAGUAAUAUCCUAAAUAAAAAGAAAUAACAUUGUGCACGAAAAGUAAAUUAUUUGAAUAAAUAUGAAAAUUGCAUUAGUAA